AUGGCAAAAGAGCCGGAGAUCCACGAGCAUAUACCCCACAACCUCAAGAAAAAAGAACAAAGCCCGAUGACGAACUGGAUAUACGAUGUCUUUCUCUGGAUAUUCUCUAUAUUGGUUGACCUGUUCUUCCGAGAGGUUCAUCCUCGAGGGUCAUGGAAAGUACCAAGGCGGGGCCCUGUGAUCUUCGUGGCUGCCCCGCAUGCGAACCAGUUCGUGGACCCUCUCAUUCUUAUGCGCACCCUUCGAACUGAAUGUCACCGCCGAGCUGCCUUCCUCAUUGCCGCGAAAUCGAUGGACCGGUUCCUGAUAGGCUGGUUCGCGCGCAAAGUAGGUGCAGUCCCUGUUGGACGUGCUCUUGACAUGGUGAAGCCAGGUUCUGGAACCAUCUACCUCCCUGAUCCAAUCAAUGAUCCUCUACUUGUCCGUGGAGUUGGCACAAAGUUUGAGAGUUCGGAAAUACAAACGGGGGGACUAAUAGUUCUUCCAAGCGUCAAUGGAUCAGCUGCGAAUGCUGAGGUGGCGGAGGUGCUUGGUCCGGAGGAGUUGAGGCUGAAAAAACCGUUCAAAGGACAAGCUGCUAUGAGACAAUUGACCGGGAGGGAUGAUAUAGAUGAUACUGGUAAAUUCUUGGAUCAGAACGUCAAGGGAACUAAAGAGGGCUUUGAAGGAUCUAGAUUCAAGACUGCUCCGAAGGUUGACCAAACCCAAGUCUACGAUGCCGUCUUUGACCGUUUAAGUGCUGGCGGAGCUGUGGGAAUCUUCCCUGAGGGUGGCAGUCAUGAUCGAACCGAGUUACUUCCGCUCAAGGCUGGCGUUGCAAUAAUGGCACUUGGUGCCUUGGCAGCAGAUCCCGAUAGUGGUUUAAAGAUUGUCCCCUGUGGCAUGAAUUACUUCCAUGCUCACAAGUUCCGAUCUCGGGCUGUGGUUGAGUUUGGGAAUCCAAUUGAUAUUCCAAAGGAACUUGUCGAACUUUACAAAAGUGGCGAGCGAAGAGAGGCCGUCAGUCAACUACUAGAUACGGUAUAUCAAGCACUUGUUGCAGUCACCGUCACAAGUCCGGAUUACGAUACCCUCAUGCUUAUACAGGCGGCUCGAAGAUUGUACAACCCAACUCAUAAAAAGCUUCCGCUUCCUAUGGUGGUAGAGUUGAAUCGACGGUUGGUCAAAGGCUAUACCCAUUAUAAGGACGACCCCAGAAUCAUAUCUCUCAAGAAGUCUGUCACCGAUUAUAACAAGCAGCUGCGAUACCUGAAUCUACGGGAUCAUCAAGUCGAAUACGCCAAAUUUUCUGUCCCAAAGGUUGUCUUCUUACUCUUCUACAGAUUAGGGAAGAUAUCAGUCCUCUCGAUAGGGGUAUUGCCUGGCCUUGUACUUUUCGCACCGGUUUUUGCGGCCUGCAAGAUUAUUAGUAUAAAGAAGUCUAGAGAAGCACUAGCUGCCUCUACGGUAAAGCUGCAAGGUCGAGACGUAAUGGCGACAUGGAAACUGUUGGUGGCACUCGCCUUUGCACCAGUCCUCUACGUUUUCUACACCACCAUACUCACAUACUGGGCGUACCGUAACCGAGUUCAAGGAUACCUGCCUGAUUGGGUUCCUCUUUGGGCCGUUGUCCUCUUUGGAUACGUAUUCUUCCCGGCAAUUACCUUCGCUGCUCUUCGUUUUGGUGAAGUUGGUAUGGACAUUGUCAAAUCGCUACGCCCUCUUGUUCUGUCUCUGAACCCAGUGUCAAAUAACACCAUACAUAAACUCCGAGAACGUCGGGCGCAGCUGAGUUCCGAGGUCACGGACCUGAUCAACACCCUCGGACCUGAAAUGUUCCCCGACUUCGACGCCGCUAGAAUUGUGGCUGAUCCCUUCCGCGCUGACGAGUUCGGUAGACCUGCAUCACCAACGCAUGGCGGCUUCCGUCGCAGAGGCAGCAACCAAUCCGGGAUUUCUGAUGCAGACAUACAUGCAGAGACACCACCACACCGCCAUAGAGCCAACAUUCAUUUUGGAGGUGUUUCUAAUUCGAAAUCUCACCUUCCUCGAAACGAGUCUUUUGGUAACAUCGGAAACAUUGGAGUCUUUUCAACACGGCCAUCCUCUAGAAGUAGAAGUCGGAGCAGCAGUGUCGGUGGUGCGGCGGGAUCUGCGGGUUUCCCAUUGAAGGGAUUUAGCACACUGGAUUCGAAAGGAGGGUUUGACGAGGCAAGCAUGAAGAUCAGAGAAGCUAUGAGGGAGAGGGGCCAGAUGAGACGGAGAAGGAGCGAAGAUGCGAGGGAGGAGGAUGAUGAUGACGAGGAGAGUGAUGAUGAGGAGAGAAAGAAUAUCUAA